AAAACUUUUAUAGUAACGAAUUAUUUUUCGAACCUAAACGAUGACAACGAAUAAAAUAUCCAGUGUAUUCCUAUUACUUGUGCUUUCAGCACUUGCAAGUAGCCAAGAACUUGUGGAACAAUCUUCACCCGGUGGACUAACCAAUAUAAAUUGUAAUGGAAAAAUUGCGGUUUGUGUAGGUCCUCUCAUGUAUAAGGACUGUAUAAGCAAUGCUAGAGGUGAAAUGUUUGCCAGUGGUAAUGCAAAGCAGUGUCCAACGAAUUCUCGCUGUGUAAAUGAUGGAGUUGAAAUUUGUGUGCCUUUGAAGACAUCCACUGAUGCUCCAGUAACAGAAGGCAUUGUCAAUAGCACUUCAAGUGCUGCUGUACCUAGUCCCUCAACCGAGGGUCCCCUAGAUCCUGUUGAGCCUUCUGCUGCCCCUGAGGAACCUUCUGCUGUCCCCUCUGAAUCGCCUGUUGUCCCUGUGGAAACUUCUGCAGCCCCUGUGGAACCUUCUGCUGCUCCAGUUGAAACGACCGCAGCCCCAGCGGAACCUUCUGCAGCUCCUGUUGAAACUACUGCCGUUCCAAUUGAAACCACUAAUAUUCCUUUGGAAACAACAGUAAUUCCUGACGUACCUCAGGACACUACGUUAUUGCCUACAUUAGUGCCAGAAUUACCAAUAGAGACAACAAUAAUUCCAGAAGAAACAACUGUUGCUCCAAUUGAUCCUAGUGUACCAGUAGAUACAACAUUAGCACCUGUCGAACCUAAUAGUCCCGUUGAUCCAACAGCGAUACCUGUCGAUCCUACUUCGGGAUCUGUGGAACCAAAUUCUCCAAUUGUAUCAACAAUUUCACCAAUCGCCCCAGAAAAUCCCACCGCAGAUCCCAAUAGUCCAGUUAAUCCCACAAAUAUUCCUGUAAAUCCCACUGAACCUGCAGAUCCAAACGCUCCUGUUGAUCCCAAUGCUCCGGUUGAUCCCAAUACCCCAGUUGGACCAACAUCAUUACCCCUUGAAACAACCACAUUACCGAUUGACACUACUAUUGGACCGUUCGAUCCUAGUGCACCUGUGAACCCAACAGCUCCGGUAGAUCCUACAUCCUUACCUAUUGACACAACCACAGUUUUUGACUCUACAGUUGUGCCAGCUGAUCCCAAUGCACCAGUCGACCCCAAUGCCCCAGUCGAUCCUAAUGCUCCUGUUGAUCCCAAUGCACCAGUCGACCCCAAUGCUCCAGUAGAUCCUACUGCUCCAGUUGAUCCCAAUGCACCGAUCGAUCCAGUAGAUCCAACAUCACUACCUAUUGAACCUACUUUAGGUCCAGUUGACCCUAAUGCACCAGUUGAUCCCAAUGCUCCAGUUGAUCCCAACGCAACAGUCGACCCUAAUGCACCAGUUGACCCUAAUGCUCCAGUUGAUCCCAAUGCACCAGUUGAUCCCAAUGCUCCAGUUGAUCCCAACGCAACAGUCGACCCUACUGCACCAAUUGAUCCCAAUGCACCAGUUGACCCUAAUACUCCAGUUGAUCCCAAUACACCAGUCGACCCUAAUGCACCAGUUGAUCCUAAUGGACCAGUUGAUCCCAAUGCACCAGUUGAUCCUACUCUAGGUCCAGUUAAUCCUAAUGCACCAGUUGACCCUAAUGCACCAGUCGACCCUAAUGCUCCGGUAGAUCCUAAUGCUCCAGUCGACCCUACUGCGCCAGUUGAUCCUAAUACACCAGUCGAACCUAAUGCUCCAGUUGAUCCUAAUGCCCCUCUUGAUCCCAAUGCACCAGUCGACCCGACUGCACCAGUUGAUCCUAAUGCACCAGUUGAUCCCAAUGCAACAGUAGACCCUAAUGCACCAGUUGAUCCCAAUGCACCAGUCGACCCUACUACACCAGUUGAUCCUAAUGCACCAGUCGACCCUACUGCACCAGUUGAUCCCAGCGCCCCAGUAGACCCCAAUGUUCCAGUUGAUCCUAAUGCACCAGUUGAUCCCUAUGCAACAGUAGACCCUAAUGCACCAGUCGACCCUAAUGCUCCGGUUGAUCCUAAUGCUCCAGUCGACCCUACUGCGCCAGUUGAUCCUAAUACACCAGUCGACCCUAAUGCUCCAGUUGAUCCUAAUGCCCCUCUUGAUCCUAAUGCACCAGUCGACCCUACUGCACCAGUUGAUCCUAAUGCACCAGUUGAUCCCAAUGCAACAGUAGACCCUAAUGCACCAGUUGAUCCCAAUGCACCAGUCGACCCUACAACACCAGUUGAUCCUAAUGCACCAGUCGACCCUAAUGCUCCGGUUGAUCCUAAUGCACCUGUCGAUCCAAAUACACCAGUCGACCCUACUGCACCAGUUGAUCCCAGCGCCCCAGUCGACCCUAAUGCUCCAGUUGAUCCUAAUGCACCAGUCGAUCCCAAUGCACCAGUCGAUCCCAAUGCACCAGUCGAUCCCAAUGCACCAGUUGAUCCUAAUGUUCCAGUCGAUCCUAAUGCUCCGGUUGAUCCUAAUGCUCCUGUCGAUCCAAAUACACCAGUCGACCCUACUGCACCAGUUGACCCCAACGCCCCAGUCGACCCUAAUGCACCAGUUGAUCCCAAUGCACCAGUUGACCCUAAUGUUCCAGUUGAUCCAAAUACACCAGUCGACCCUACUGCACCAGUUGAUCCCAAUGCCCCAGUCGACCCUAAUGCUCCAGUUGAUCCUAAUGCACCUGUCGAUCCCAAUGCACCACUCGACCCUACUGCACCAGCUGAUCCUAAUGCACCAGUUGAUCCCAAUGCACCAGUUGACCCUAAUGUUCCAGUUGAUCCAAAUACACCAGUCGACCCUACUGCACCAGUUGAUCCCAACGCCCCUGUUGAUCCCAAUGCCCCUGUCGAUCCCAACGCUCCAGUUGAUCCCAAUCCACCAGUUGAUCCCAAUGCACCAGUCGACCCUAAUGCGCCAGUUGAUCCCAGUGCACCAGUCAACCCUAAUGCUCCAGUUGACCCUAAUGCCCCAGUUGAUCCCAAUGCACCAGUCGAUCCCAAUGCACCAGUCGACCCUACUGCUCCAGUUGAUCCUAAUGCACCACUCGACCCUACUGCACCAGUGGAUCCCAAUGCAACAGUAGACCCUAAUGCACCAGUUGAUCCCAAUGCACCAGUCGAUCCUAAUGCGCCAGUUGAUCCCAAUGCACCAGUCGACCCUAAUGCGCCAGUCGACCCUAAUGCUCCAGUUGAUCCAAAUGCUCCAGUUGAUCCCAAUGCACCAGUUGAUCCCAGUGCUCCAGUCGACCCUAAUACACCAGUUGAUCCCAAUGCUCCAGUCGACCCUAAUGCCCCAGUUGAUCCCAAUGCACCAGUCGAUCCUAAUACUCCAGUUGAUCCAAAUGCUCCAGUUGAUCCAAAUGCUCCAGUUGAUCCCAAUGCACCAGUCGACCCUAAUGCUCCAGUUGAUCCCAGUGCUCCAGUUGAUCCCAAUGCACCAGUUGAACCCAAUGCACCCGUUGAUCCCAAUGCCCCAGUUGAUCCCAAUGCACCAGUCGACCCUAAUGUUCCAGUUGAUCCCAGUGCUCCAGUCGACCCUAAUACACCAGUUGAUCCCAAUGCUCCAGUCGACCCUAAUGCGCCAGUCGAUCCUAAUACUCCAGUUGAUCCAAAUGCUCCAGUUGAUCCCAAUGCACCAGUCGACCCUAAUUCCCCAGCUGAUCCCAAUGCUCCAGUUGAUCCCAGUGCUCCAGUCAACCCUAAUGCUCCAGUUGAUCCCAAUGCUCCAGUGGACCCUAAUGCUCCAAUUGAUCCCAAUACUCCUGUUGAUCCUAAUGCCCCAGUUGAUCCCAAUUCACCAGUUGAUCCUAAUUCCCCAGUUGAUCCUAAUGCUCCAGUUGAUCCCAGUGCUCCAGUCGACCCUAAUGCUCCAGUUAAUCCCAAUGCUCCAGUCGACCCUAAUGCUCCAAUUGAUCCCAAUGCACCAGUUAAUCCUAAUGCACCAGGUGAUCCCAAUGCACCAGUCGAUCCUAAUACUCCGGUUGAUCCUAAUGCACCAGUUGGUCCUAAUGCGCCAGUUGAUCCCAAUGUACCAGUCGACCCUAAUGCGCCAGUCGACCCUAAUGCUCCAGUUGAUCCAAAUGCUCCAGUUGAUCCCAAUGCACCAGUUGAUCCCAGUGCUCCAGUCGACCCUAAUACACCAGUUGAUCCCAAUGCUCCAGUCGACCCUAAUGCCCCAGUUGAUCCCAAUGCACCAGUCGAUCCUAAUACUCCAGUUGAUCCAAAUGCUCCAGUUGAUCCCAAUGCACCAGUCGACCCUAAUGCUCCAGUUGAUCCCAGUGCUCCAGUUGAUCCCAAUGCACCAGUUGAACCCAAUGCACCCGUUGAUCCCAAUGCCCCAGUUGAUCCCAAUGCACCAGUCGACCCUAAUGCACCAGCUAAUCCCAAUACACCAAUCGAUUCUAGUACUCCAAUAAAUCCAAAUGUGCCAGUUACUCCCAAUUCUCCAGUCGACACGAAUGCCCCUGUUGAUCCCAAUGCACCAGUCAAACCUAACUCACCAGUUGACCCUAAUGUUCCUCUUCGUCCAAUCAAACCUGGUCGUCCUGGAAGACCUGGAUAUCCUAGUCGUCCACACCCAGAUUGGUCAUUAAGCAAACCUGAAAAAGCUGAGAAAACUGAAACUGCGGAAACUGAGUCUACCGAAUCUAAGGAACCUGUGAAACAUAAACCUAUUUCGAAAGAAGACGUUUCAGUAGAAGACAAAUCGAAAGAAAAUAAGGAUAAGAGGGAAGAAGAAAAAAAGAAGAAGGAGGAAGAAAAGAGAAAGAAGGAGCAAGAAAAGAGAAAGAAGGAGGAAGAAGAGAAGAAGGAGGAGGAAAAGAGAAAGAGGGAAGAAGAGAAGAAAAAGAAGGAGGAAGAGAAGAAAAAGAAGGAGGAAGAAAAGAAAAAGAAGGAAGAGGAAGAGAAGAACUCAAGUGAAAACAGUGAUGAAAAGAAAAAGCAAAAAGAGGAAGCCAAAAAGGAGCUAAUCAAGAAGAUCACAAAGAAAAUCAAGAAUGGAAAGUGUAAUGAAGAUGACAUUUAUCCUGAUGUGAGAGACUGCAGAAAAUACUAUCGUUGCAUUGAAAAAUCUGACGAGACAAAAUUCGUGCACUUGCAUUGCGAUGAUGACAAACGUUUCGACUUUGAGGAUAAUAAGUGUGUAAAAAAGAGCGAAGCACAAUGCUUGCUUAAGGACGAAUAAAACUGGAAUCUUCAACUAGAGACAACCACUUGAAUGCUGAAUAACUACUGUAUAUUUUAUAAAUCUAUUUUUAAAAUCUGUAUUAAAAACUAAUUAAAUUAUUUUAAACUAUAUUUAUUGAACGAAACAAAAAUAUAAUUCUUUAAAACUUAAUAAAAUUGAAAUAAACGAUUUGAUAUUAGCAAUCUAAAAAA